GAGCUGGGAUCCAGCAGCGGCCCCCCCCCCCGGCCCGCAGCCCCCCAGCCCCGAGCCCAGCCCCCCCGGAGUCCCCCCCGCCCCCCGCCCGGAGCCGGGGCCCCCGAGAGCAUCCCUCCCUGGAGGAGAUGGAAGCGAAUGCGAGCGACGAGGGCGUCCAUUUCCAGAGCUACCCCUUCGACUUCCUGGAGUUCCUGAACCACCAGCGCUUUGAGCCCAUGGAGGCCUACAACCAGGAGCACGCCAAGGCCGUGGCCUCGCUGCCCUGCCCCCAGCCCCCCUACGAGUAUCCCCCGCCGCCCGCCGGCGCCCCCCACUUCGACCGCCCCGCCCCCGCCAAGCCCAAGGACUUCAAAGCUGAGGGCCCCGCCCCCUCCGCCUCCGGCACCGCCCAGCCCAAGAAAGCCGAGCCCGGCACCGGCCCCCCGCAGCAGUACAGUGCCGCCGCCGUGCCCGCCGCCCCUCCGCUCUUCGACGGGGCGGGGGCUUUCGGCGCCCCCCAGUGGGGCAUCGUGGACCUCUCGGGGCACCAGCACCUCUUCGGGAGCCUCAAGCGGGGUGUGGGCGCGGCCCCGACCCCGGCGGCCCCGACCGACAACCCGGCCGGCAAAGACGACAAAAACUAUUUCCGGCGGCUGAAGUACUUCAUUGACCGGCGCUUCCCCUGCGGCGUGUGCCAGAAAUCCUUCAAGCAGUCAUCCCACCUGGUGCAGCACAUGCUGGUGCACACGGGCGAGCGGCCGUACGAGUGCUCCACCUGCGGCCGCACCUACAACCACAUCUCCAGCCUCAUCCGCCACCGGCGCUGCCACAAGGAGCCGCCUGAGGCCGGCCCGGCCGCCGCCGCCCACCUGCCGCCGCCAGCCCCGGCCACCGAGCCGGCCGGGGAAGGCAGCCCCAGCCCGGCCCAGCCGGACGGCCCCUUCACCUGCUCCCUGUGCUGGAAAGUCUUCAAGAAGCCAAGCCACCUGCACCAGCACCAGAUCAUCCACACUGGCGAGCGGCCCUUCAGCUGCUCCGUCUGCGAGAAGAGCUUCAACCGGCGCGAGAGCCUCAAGCGCCACGUCAAGACCCACUCGGCCCUGCUGCGGGUGCCCUGCGGCGUCUGCGGCAAGGAGUUCCGGGACGCCGCCUACCUGCUCAAGCACCAGGCCUCCCAUGCCGGCCCGCGCCCCAACUACAAGUGCGACGUCUGCGGCAAGGCCUACGCCGCGCCCCAGAGCCUGCUGCGCCAUCGCCAACUCCACGAGGGGGCCCCCGCCCCCCCCAAGGAUGCCCCGGCCACCGACUCGGCCCCGGCCGCCUACCAGGGGCCCUUCCUGCUCCCCAAUGAGGCCCCCCACGCCGAGGGGGAGGCCAAGGCGGCUUUCGGCAACGCGGCGCUGCUGGGGCCCCACCCACUGCUGCUGGGGGCCGGCAAGAGCUUCUGCUGCGGCAUCUGCGGGCGCGGCUUCGGCCGGCGGGAGACGCUGAAGCGGCAUGAGCGGAUCCACACAGGCGAGAAGCCGCACCAGUGCUCGGUGUGCGGCAAGCGCUUCCGGGAGUCCUUCCACCUCACCAAGCACCACGUGGUGCACACCCGGGAGCGGCCCUACAAGUGCGAGCUGUGCGGCAAGGUCUUCGGCUACCCGCAGAGCCUCACCCGCCACAAGCAGAUCCACCGGCUGCAGCUGCCCUGCGCCCUGGGGCCCGCCGGCGCCCUGCCCGCCGAGGGGCUGAGCUACGGCUGCUCCGACUGCGGCGAGCGCUUCCCCGACCUCUUCCACGUCAUGAGCCACAAGGAGGCCCACAUGGCCGACAAGCCAUACGCCUGCGACGCCUGCGGCAAGUGCUUUGGUUUCAUCGAGAACCUCAUGUGGCACAAGCUGGUGCACCAGACAGCCCCCGAGCGGCUGCUGCCCGAGGGGGCCUGCGCCGAGGCCGCCCCGCCCCCCGGGCCCGCCGGCUGCCUGGAGAACGGGCUCCCCGGGGAGGCGCAGGCCGGUGCCGCCGCUGCAGCCGGCCUGGCCUCCCUGGUGGCCCCGUCCGAGGAGCACCCCAUGAUCCCCAGCGGGGAGCGCUUCACCUGCGGCAUCUGCGGGCAGAGCUUCAAGCACUUCCUGGCGCUGGUGACCCACAAGUACGUGCACCUGGUGCGGCGCACGCUGGGCUGCGCCGUGUGCGGGCGCAGCUUCGCCGGUGCCUACGACCUGCUGCUGCACCGCCGCACCCACCUCCAGAAGCGCCACUUCAGCUGCUCCGUCUGCGGCAAGCGCUUCUGGGAGGCGGCCCUGCUGAUGCGCCACCAGCGCUGCCACACCGAGGAGCGGCCCUACCGCUGCGCCGUCUGCGGGCGCGGCUUCCUGCGCUCCUGGUACCUGCGCCAGCACAAGGUGGUGCACACGGGCGAGCGGGCCUACAAGUGCGCCCUGUGCAACAAGCGCUUCGCCCAGUCCUCCAGCCUGGCCGAGCACCAGCGCCUCCACGUGGUGGCCCGGCCCCAGCGCUGCCAGACCUGCGGCAAGACCUUCCGCUACCGCUCCAACCUGCUGGAGCACCAGCGCGUGCACCUGGGGGAGAAGGUGUACCGCUGCGACCUGUGCGGCAAGAGCUUCUUCUACCUCUCGUCCAUCCUGCGGCACCAGCGGGCCCACAACGCCCGCCGCGACCUGCGCUGCUCCGCCUGCCUCAAGCUCUUCAAGGACCCCAAGUACUUCAGCAAGCACGUGCAGACCCACCAGGGCGGGCACCCCUUCAAGUGCAGCACCUGCGGCGAGGCCUUCGCCAACACCUACGGCCUGAAGAAACACCGGCACCUCCACAAGCUGGAGCGUCUGGCCGCCCUGGGCCACAAGGACCCCUGAGGGGGAGAGACGGGGGAAGGGGCAGGUUGGGGGCAGACCCCUUAGUGCCACAUAUCCACUGGGGUGGGGGGCAGGUUGGGGGCAGACCUCUUUAGUGCUAUGGAACCACUGGGGGGUGUGGUAGGUUUGGGGGGCAGAUCCCUUAGUGCCAUGUA